UUCGGCCCCUCGGACCUGCACGCCUGCCUGGGAGCGACAGGAGCCUGGAUACCCAGCCCAGCCUUUGGGGGGGAUUUUUGACAGCUUGCUCCCAGACAGAGAGCGGCUCGGUCCUCCAUGGGGACGGGGAAGAGGUUGACGGCGUCCGACGGCUGCAGCGUUUCUCUUCCUUGGGGGGAACCCAGCACGUGAAAGCUUCGCCCAGAUCAACAUUGUUUUGGACUGCGCGAUCACGGUGAUUGCUGAAGAGGAAACCUCAGGAAGAUGAGAUUGUCAUACGCUGAGCUACUCACUGUAGCAGCCCUGCUGGCGCAGUACAGGACCGUGGCCGUGCAUGAAGUGUGUGGGACAGCAGAGGUGGCAGAUAUUCUGUUCCUCAUUGGAGGAUCCCAGGCCCUUGGGGACAAGGACUUCCGAGCAAUCCAAGACUUCAUCGACAGCGUCAUCCGGACCUUCGCAAGCGUGGUGCUGGGGAAGGCGGGCGUUCGGCUGGGCGUGACACUUUAUGGUGAGAAGCCAAGGAUGGGGAUAGAGUUGGCAGAUUCCACCACCAUUGAAGAGGUGCUGGAGGCCGUUCGGGACCUCUUGUUCAAAGGGGGAAAUGUGAAAAUGGGGGACGCCCUGACAUUUGUGGCCCGCACAGUGUUCCACCCAGCGGCGUCGAGGGACGAUGCAGCAAAGAUAGUUAUUUUAAUAACCGACGGGGACUCUGCCGAUUCUGUUGAAGAUGCAGCUGUAGCACUGCAGGACGCAGGAGUUACAGUGUUUGCUGUGGGAAUUAAGAACGCCAAUAAGAGCGAGCUGAAGAAAAUAGCUUCAGAGCCCACGGAGGAACACGUGCUUUAUGCGGAGGAUUUCCACCUGCUCCAUAACCUGUCCCCCAAACUCUCCCGCAGGCUGUGCUUCACUGCCUCAGAGCCCCCACGGCCGGCCAAGAUGACUGUGAAUGCUGAGAGGAUCGUUGGCCCUCGGGAUCUGCUGGUCACGGAGCAAAGUUACAGCUCGUUGAGGCUGACCUGGACGCCUGCCACGGGGAAGGUGUCGGAAUACCUCGUCCUCCAGCGUUCGCUCUCAGCUGCUGGGCAGCCUGGUCCUGUGGACCAGCGGCAGAUCGUCGUGGACAGGGACAAGAACACCGUGCUGGUGCCAGACCUGAAGCCCAACACCAAGUAUUUCUUCACAGUCCAGGCCAUCUACCCAGAUGCCCCCAGGGAGUCGAUGACUGUCAAAGGGAAGACGACGCCUGUGCCUCCAGUGACUAAUUUUCGGGUCAUUGAAGAAGGCCUCUUCAGCCUGAAGGUAGCUUGGACUGCUCCCCUGGGGAGGCUGGAAGGCUACAAGAUCUACAUUCCCCGAUCAAACAGGCCUGAGAUGACCUAUGAGCAGGUUUUGGGGGUAGAUGCCACAUCUCACGUGCUUCCUGACUUGCAAGAGGAUAAAGAAUACACUGUCAGCAUCUAUGCCAUGUAUCCAGAGGGCCCGAGCCAGCCGGCAUCUGUGACAGCAAGAACAUUGAGGUUCCUGCCUACACGAAGCGUCUCGGUCCAGAAUGAAACCACCAACACCCUCCAGGCCAGGUGGAUGCCGGUCCGAGGGGCUUCUGGUUACAGGCUCACUUGGGUGUCCACAGAGGGCAGUGUCCAUAAUGUGAACCUGGAUGCCACUUACACCUACUACAUGAUCCAGGGGCUGCAACCUGGCACAGAGUACACCGUCACCAUCAACCCCGUCUUUGGGGACAUAGAAGGACCUGUGGUGAGCAGAAAGGCAACCACCUUGCCAUCAAGUUCUGUCCAGGCUCUGAAAGUGGCCGAUAUAACGAUCAGCAGUGCCCGGGUCUCCUGGGAUGCAGUCACGGGAGCCAGUGGGUACCGAGUGGCUUGGGGUCCAACUCCAGAAUUCUUUGGUCGAGACCGACUGCGACAGACGGUUGUGAACAGCUCCGUCACAACCUACCAGCUCCGAAGCCUGGCCCAUGACACGGAGUAUGUCAUCUCCCUCUAUGUGCUCUUUGGUUCAGUGGAGGGACCUGGGAUCAUAACUUCAGCCAGAACAUCUCCACUUGGCUAUGUGUCCAAUUUCAAGGUGACGUCCUACACAAGCACAUCCAUUUCUCUCGCAUGGAGCGUCACAGCUGCAGCCACCAAAUACAAAAUCACCUGGAGCCCAACAGGAGCAGACGGAGAGCGAGCUAUUGCCAAGAGCCAGUAUGUGGGGAGCAGGGUGCUUGCUUAUCGCAUCGACCACUUGCUGCCCAGCACGCAGUACAGGGUCAGCAUUCGGCCCAUGUUCAGCAAGUCUGAGGGCCAUGAAGUGACUCUCACUCACCAGACAGCCUCUCUCACAGACUCAAACCCUAUCCAGACUCUCCGGGAUUUGCGAAUCAUCAACACUGGAAUAGAUAGCCUGAAGCUGUCCUGGAAGAAGACCCCAGGCAUAACGCACUAUAAGAUUUCCUGGGCCCCGUUUGGUGGUGGCUUGGAAACCUCACAGACAGUUCCAGCAGAGCCCACAUUUUUCACCAUAACCAAGCUGCAGAAGAGCACGACAUACAGCAUCCGCAUGUCUUCAGUCACUGGGGAGCGAGAGGGAAGUCCAGUGCUUCUCACUGCCAAAACAUUGGAUCUGCCCAAAGUGCCUAUGUUCACAAUUCAGGAGGCCACAGAGAGCAGUGUUUUACUGAACUGGACAGGUGUUCCUGGGGCAUCGGCAUACUUGCUAGCAUGGCGCUUGGCAUCAGGUCCUGAUCUUUCCAUGGAGCGGUUGGCUGCCAGUUCUAGGUCGUAUCGAGUGCCAGGACCAAAACUGGGAGGGACAUAUGUGUUUUCCAUAAGGGCGGUCUUUGGAGAGAUGGAGGGGCCUGAGACCAGCAUCACUGAGCAGAUAGCGGGAUCUCACGGGAAUCCUUCCACUCCUGCUCCUACCAUUACUUCUAUACGAACUGCCAUGGCGAGUGCCUCAUUGACCGAUGUGGGGAAGGCCAGGACCACUCGUGCUCUACCAGCCACCCCUAUGACAUUAAGAACAACCCCAGCAGCUACAGCUGCUACAGCAUCUUCACCCCUGACAACUCUUGCUGGGCCAAUCUGCGGCAGGUUCAACGCUGACAUUGCAUUCCUGGUGGAUGAGUCCUCAAGCAUCGGCCAGAGCAAUUUCAAUAAAGUGAAGGACUUCCUCUUCCGGAUUGUCUCCUAUUUCCCCAGAAUUGGGCCUCAAGGGACGCAGAUUGCUGUUGCUCAGUACAGUGAAGGGCCCCGGACUGCGUUCCAUUUUAACCAGUACAAGGAUAGGAAUGGAGUCCUGAAAGCCAUCCAGGGACUGAGCUAUGCUGGAGGCAACACAAAGACUGGUCGUGCCAUGGCCUAUGUGCUAAAGGAGUUAUUUCAUCCCUCCAGAGGGACCAGGCCAGACUUCCCUCGUACCCUGGUGUUGGUGACUGAUGGACAGUCACAGGACGAUGUGCUCCCAGCUGCCAGGGCAGUCCAUGCUUCAGGAAUUGGUGUCAUUGCUGUGGGCAUCUCCAGAGCAGACCCUGAAGAACUGAGUAGCAUUCUGCUACACCGCAACCUGCAUAAUGUUUUCUACAUCAGCACCUUCGAUGACUUUCCCCAGAUCAUCAGGGAGCUUAUAGAUACCAUAUGCUCGGACCUGCAGCUGCCAGAAGCCCAGCCACAGCCUGGGCAGGUUGCUGGACACAAUGUGAACAAACCACAGCAGUUUGAUGACGUGGACAGGAAAUUCUUGGCCUAUGAUUUAUCACCUGUUGACCCACAAAUCGAGGGACCACAGGGACCUUGUGAUCCCAAGUGCCAGAAGAGCUACGAGGGCUUGCAGACGGGCAGGGGUUAUGAUCCGUUCGGCUUUGCAGCAAAGGGAGAGAAAGGAGAGAGGGGUCUACCUGGGAAGGAUGGGAUUCCUGGACUGCCUGGCAGACCCGGACGGACAGGGCCCCCUGGCUCCCCAGGGCGGAUGGGUCUCCCAGGUAUCCAAGGUGAUACCGGGCCUCCUGGAUAUCCAGGACCAGCAGGGCCAAAAGGAGACAGAGGAGAACCAGGCUAUGUCCUAGGAGGUGUGGAAGUGAUUCCCGGCCGAAACGGACAGCCUGGCCCUCCGGGUCAGAAAGGGCAGCCAGGAGUUCCUGGAGUAGCAGGACCACCGGGGCUGCCAGGACCACAGGGACCUCCGGGGACAUCCACAAAGGGAGAACCAGGAAACCCAGGAAACAGGGGGAGAGCUGGCUUGCCCGGCCCCAUAGGGCUAGAUGGCGCUCCAGGAUUUCCGGGACCGAGGGGGGAAAAGGGGCAGGCAGGGAUAGGUACUCCUGGCACGCCUGGCUUGAAGGGAGCAGAAGGAGAAAAGGGGGCGAUGGGACUUCCUGGAGCAGAAGGACAGAAGGGUGAACCAGGAUUGCCUGGAGAAGGAGGACCAGCUGGCCCAAGGGGUAAAAAAGGCCAAGAUGGUGUCAAGGGAGAGAAGGGGGACUGUGGAGAAGCUGGGCCGAGGGGACCUCAAGGAAUUGCUGGUCUUCCGGGAAGAGUGGGGCAGAAAGGAGACCAAGGGAUCCCGGGAUUUCCAGGUGCUCCAGCAAUGGGGGUUGUGGGACCUCCAGGCAAGAAAGGCAGCAGGGGGGAUAUUGGACCCAUUGGUCCUCCCGGACUGCAAGGAAACAAAGGAAUGCAAGGAGACAAAGGAGAAAAGGGAAGUCCAGGCUUUGGCAUUCCUGGACAACAGGGAUUGAAAGGAGACCCUGGAGAAAGGGGAAACGUAGGUUUGUCUGGUAAACCCGGUCAGAAGGGGGAAAUGGGCCUGAAAGGAGAGAAAGGUCAACCAGGAGCACCUGGGAAACCGGGAGAGACCGGACUAAGAGGUAAAGAUGGAGAACCAGGGAAGAAAGGGGACACGGGGACCAAGGGAGAAGCAGGUGUCCCCGGAGAACCAGGGGAGAGAGGAAUCAGGGGUCCUUUAGGGCUUCCAGGCCGUCCUGGAGACCGGGGGGUAAAAGGAGACAUGGGAGAACCUGGAAGGGACGGAGUCAACGGAGAGAAGGGCGAGAAGGGCGAAUCUGGGAAGCCUGGGCUGCCUGGGGCACCUGGAAGUGUUGUGUCUGCUGUGGAAAACAGCAUCCCCCUCAAAGGCGAUAAGGGAGAUCCAGGUCCUCCUGGCAAAGGAGUGGAAAUCAAGGAUUUGGAGAGGCUUUUUGAAGCAUAUGGUAUCAAGUUGGCUCUUCUGAAGGAGCUCACUGACCUCCUCCUGAGAGAGGGCCUGGAAGUGAUCAUCCAGCAGUUGGCCAGCUCCAGGAAAGGCAAGAUGUCCAAGAAAAAGCAAGCCACCGACUACCCAGGUUUGCAGGGUUCACUGAAGUAUGACGCCUCUAGCGAUGCUCUGGCCAGCAUAGAAAUAACAAAUGAAGAUCAGGCCAAAAGCAAUGACCAUCAGUUUAUGGUCCCGGCCUCUGUAAGACAACCUGCCAAGGAUAUAAUGCAUCAGAAGGAGCCUCUGGCUGAUGACUCCAUUAGCCCCAGCUCUGGGGACAGUGCAGAAGUGGAAAUCAUGGCAAACCUGAUGACCCCUGGUCAGAAAUCACCAGUAGCUGAAAAACGAGAGGACCGCUCUGGAUCUCUGAACACAUCCCAGCUACAAACUAGCCCAGAAGAAACCUCCUCAGGGCGGCAAGGAAUUGCUGGAUUUAUCCCUCUGGAUUCCCAGGAGGCAUCUGGGUCUCUGAAAGAGCACUUGGGAGGAGUAGGGAUGGAAGACGGCAUGCAGACCUCCGCUGGACUCUCUCCGGAGUCAGAAGACGGGGCCCCAAUCCUUGAGUCUGUGAAGCUGCUCGAGCCCAUGAAGAAAUGGCCUGAGGAGCAAAGGGAGGAGAAAGGCAGUGAUGCUCAUGCCCAUGCCAUGGCCAGCAGUUCUUCUGAAGCAGCCGACACACUGCUCCAAAGUAUAAAGGCCAGAGGUUCUCGAAAUGAGGUCCGCAGACCACUGCCGGUCAGCGAGCUCCAUUCAUGUCUGCAGGAAGGUUGCAGAACAAUUGAGAAUAUCUGUACUUGUAAGGAGGAAAAGGCAGAUCUGGCUGAUGGCACUGAGCUAACAAGGCAUGCUAGAGUUAGAAGAAGGGCUGAGAGCCCAAGACAAAUGAUCCACUCACCUGGUGUCCCAGGAGGUUGGAAAUCCACAGCUGGAGAUGUGAUGUAUCCAGGAGUUGGAGGCACAAGGAGGAUCAAGAAGCAGGAGUCAGACAUGGUGGAUUUGCCAUUCCAAGGCCAAAAGGGAGAAAAGGGGUCUCCUGGAGCCCGCGGUGACAAAGGAGAAAAGGGGGAGCCUGGGGAGCUGGGCGAGCCUGGAGAGAAGGGCACCAAAGGAAGCAGAGGUGAAAAUGGUCAAAAGGGAGAACCGGGAGUUGGGUUUAGAGGCCCCACUGGUCAGGCUGGACCCCCAGGACUGAAGGGCGAGCCUGGGGCACCAGGGCCUACAGGGGCACAAGGCAUCCAGGGCAUCCAUGGCAAUCCAGGGAUCCCAGGAUCACAAGGGGACAGAGGAGCCCUGGGGCUGCCGGGAACGCCCGGGCGAAAGGGAGAUCGCGGGAAGAGAGGCAGGAAUGGCUUUGCUGGGCCAGCUGGACUCCCCGGGCCCCUGGGAAAACAGGGACUUCCUGGAGCUGACGGGCCCAAAGGCAGCAAGUCACAGGGUGACGAGGGGCUCGCAGGCAUUCGAGGCCCCAUUGGCAUGAUGGGUUUGAAAGGCCUCCUGGGAGUGAAAGGAGAAAGAGGUGAGCGUGGCCUCCUGGGACCCAAAGGAGAAAGAGGUGACCCCAUUACUAUUUUUGGACCACAAGGCUACAAAGGCAACAAAGGAGACGCGGGCGAAAGAGGCCCACCAGGCUUUGAUGGAGACAAAGGCGAGAAAGGGGAGGACGGGCCUGCAGGAGAAAAGGGCGUUAAAGGCGAAGCCGGUUCCAAAGGAGCAAUUGGGCUGUUCGGUCCCCGAGGGCCCGUGGGACAGAAGGGAGAACCUGGAGAGCCUGGCCUGCUGGGAUUUGCUGGCACGGCCGGCCUUGAUGGGAAGAACGGGAACAAAGGCGCGAAAGGCGACAGAGGUCUCCAGGGCCAAAAAGGGGAGCCGGGGGAGAAAGGGGAUCCCGGGAUAAGUGGUGACGUUGGACGGAGAGGUCUGAAGGGGCUGCGUGGGCUUCCAGGACGGGUGGGAGCCCCAGGGGCAGAUGGAAUAAAGGGUGAGAUUGGAAGCCCUGGAAAGCCAGGAAUACCCGGAUUAGAUGGACCUCAGGGGCCAAAGGGUAACCAAGGAGGAUCGGGCGCCGACGGCCCCGUAGGAAUUUCUGGAGAGAAAGGAGAAAAGGGUGCCAAGGGUGUUCCUGGCUUGGGUGGCUUUAAAGGACAAAUUGGACUACCAGGGAAGAUGGGUGUUGCUGGACUGCCUGGAUCUCCUGGACCGCCGGGGAAGCCAGGGCCACAGGGUCCGAGAGGUAGAAGAGGAAGACCUCAGCUCUGCCUCCGGGGGCCGCCGGGCACACCCGGCCAAAAAGGAGAGAUGGGAGAAAAAGGGCUGACCGGUCUGAAAGGAGAGAAAGGAGAACCGGGGCUUUCUGAGGAAGCCGUGAAGGACGUGGUGAGGAGCGAACUGAGUGACAAGUGUGGUGAAACCUUGUCAACCCAACUUUUGCCUACAGGGGAAGAUUUUCACGUAGUGACCAGAUCUACAGACCUGGAUGCAGGCUACACAGCAGAAAUCAAUGGGAAACAGGAUGGACAUUUUCAGUCCCCAGAACGCAUCCCGAAGGAAGGCGAGGACCAAGGAGAAUUACCUACAGGAAUACACAGUACAGCAAAACCAGAGACACCCAUCACAGACUCAGCUCCCCUUAUCACAGCUCUCCGUGAUAAGCAGAUAAUGGAGCCGGCCCAGCGCGAGCAGCGACAAGCCCGCAGCCCAUUACAAGACCCCUGUCUGCUGCCUAUGGACGAGGGCUCCUGCUCGCAGUACAUGCUGCUGUGGUACUACCAUCCGGAGGUGAACCACUGCAGGCCCUUUGUCUUUGGAGGCUGCGGUGGGAACAGCAACCGGUUUAAAUCCAAGCAACGCUGUGAGCAGCAGUGUAAAAUCCCAACAGGAAGGUGACUGCUUGCCAUCCCACAACUACGUGAAGGAGAAAGGAGCUGCAAGAGGUGAUUCCAGGACAUCUUGGAGGUUGGACAUAUAGCAAGCAAGACAUACCAUUUCGUACAGAGAGGUGAUGGAUAUGCACUCCGUGAACCAAGGAGAUUGUUAUUAUGGACAUGAAGUCACUGGGUUUGCUAAGGGUGGUUUUUUUUGCUGGGCUUGAAAAAGCCAAAAUGGUGAGAUGCUUUUGACAUUCACACCAUGGAGCGAUUGUGCAAACCCCCAAAGAUGCCUACAUUUCAUGUCAUCUUAAAUAAAACACAGCUUUCAACCA